CGCGCUCGCAAUAAAGUUAUUGUUGCUCAACUGUAGGUCUUCAUUCUUCUGAAUCACGUUAAGCAAAGGUCGGACAGCCACCAGUUUAGCUGAACCCGACAAGCUAUUUAUAUUUUGAUGUUCUGAGCUUUCCACUCCAAUACAGAAUAUUCAUUAAUUUGUGUACGCACUUAAGUUAGAGUAAUUUCAAAUCAAUAAUUAUGAGUUUAGAUGUUAUAAUUACAAUCUAGUAGGUACUCGUAUAGCAUACGUUUUGUAAAUGAGAAGAGCAAGUAGAAAGUACCUCAGUUGUUACUCCUACUCAAGGAUCGUUAUAUUACAUGCUAACUGAGCUCCACUAUCAGAGAAUAGGUAUCGGUAGUCAUAUGAAAGUUUGAUUCUUGUGUAGAAGCCGCUUAACCAAAACAUUAAUAGUCGCAUUUGGAUCACCUUUAACUUCAAUGAUAUACUUUUUUUCUAAUUUAGGACGCACUGAACCAAGCUGCAGAUCGACCUUCUCUACAGCGGUGAAGCUUAAAUAUUUGUUCAGUAGUAAUUCCCUUAAUUUUAGAAAACUAGACGGUACUUGUUAGCUGAAAAUGGAAACAUUUGGUAACGCUGAAGAACUAUAAAUACAAUUACGGUACUUUCGUUUCGACGUUUCUCAAUUAUAGUACGUAAUGAUUUUUGGUGUGUGUACUGCCACCUGUCGGAUCUCUAGGUCAGCUGUACCACUACAGUGCGUCAAGCAAUCGAGCGUAGCGGCAAGUACAAGACAUAAGAAAAUGUCUGGCAAGCUGACUGAGGAGGAGCGAACACAAGUUCUCCAACCACUGUUGGAGAAAGGCUGGAAAGUUACAGAGAAUCGAGAUGCCAUUGCUAAGGAUUUUAUAUUUAACAAUUUCAAUGAGGCAUUUGGUUUCAUGACUCGUGUUGCACUCUUGGCAGAGAAGAUGGAUCAUCAUCCUGAAUGGUUUAAUGUCUACAAUAAAGUAAAAGUCACACUGGCAUCUCACGACGUUAAUGGUGUGAGCCAUCGUGAUAUAAAAAUGGCAGACUUCAUGGAGAAAGUAGCUGGUACAGUGAAGUCGUAGGCAAUGUCUUACUGAAGCUGCAUCUAUAGAAUAUGAAAUCUUCAUGCUUUUUAAUAAACAACUAUAAAUAAAUGUUCUUUUCUGCUUAUGUCUUUCUUUGCUAUUAAUGUGGACAGUUCCAAAUAGAUCAAAAAAUUAUUUAACCAACAAAGGUGGUUAAGAUAGGCCUUUAUUGUUUACCAGCUCUUUAAUUUAAAUUACUCAUAAACUGUAUUACACGAGACAUGCCAUAUGAAGUGAGCAAACUCUUCCACUUUAGUGUGUAUUGUCAAAGAAUGAGCAUAGUUUUUAGUUUUAUGUUGUGUUAUUGUGUUGUUCAGUACAAAAAAAGAGAAAAAGUGAAGUAAAACCUUGUUAAACAUUUACUUUGUGCUUUAUAUGUGGUUAUAAAUGUUGCAUUUGUAAGUAAAAAGAGUAAAAAAAUAAAUACACUCUUGUUGGUUGCUAA